UUCAUAAAAUAAAUUCAUCUUUUUUUUAAAAAGGUGGUUGAAAUCCAGAUUCGGCACUCCAUGUAAGUAAUGAUGGGGCCUCUCACGGUUCAAGUAAGAUCAGGGCUAGGGCUGGGGACGGGGCACUGAGGACGAUCUAAGUCGGGACCACAGCUCUCAAGGUCCAUUGGGAGUGUGAGUCAUAUUAUGCUAGCAGCUCGUUAUCUCAGAAUCCACAGUCAGAGGCUGUGAGCGUCCUUCCUCCCAGCCUGCUUCCGGGCAAACGCAGGAUUGUCUACAGGUCGCCUCAGGCUUUAGAGUCCUCCAGGCUCAGGGCUUGCGAAAGGUGGCGGCUUCCCACUCUGUUCAGUCGCCUAUAUAAACCCUCUAGAGUUCCACCAUGCUCAGCUCCGAGAAUCUUCAGGUCUGGGAGACGCGAGCUAUCGGAUCCGACGACCAAGGAAGCUGCUGUGCACGAUAGCUUCAGGGCCGGGCGGAAGUCGACGUCGCCGCGCCGCCACCGCGUGACGCACUUCCUGUUUGUUGUUGGAGAAAAGGAGAGAAAGGAAAGCGCGAGGAGACGCCGCCACCGCCACCAGCGCACUGUGCCAGAGCCGCGAGGAGACCGGCCGCCUGACUUCCCCCCUCGCUGGCCGCCGCGUCCUCGGAUUUGUUCCAACAGUCUGUUAAAACAUGGUGGAUUACUAUGAAGUGCUGGGCGUGCAGAGACAUGCCUCACCUGAGGACAUUAAAAAGGCGUAUCGAAAACAGGCACUCAAAUGGCACCCAGACAAAAAUCCUGAAAAUAAAGAAGAAGCGGAGCGGAAAUUCAAACAAGUAGCUGAGGCAUAUGAAGUGUUAUCGGAUGCUAAAAAGCGGGACAUCUAUGACAAAUAUGGCAAAGAAGGAUUAAAUGGUGGUGGAGGAGGAGGUGGAAGUCAUUUUGACAGUCCAUUUGAGUUUGGCUUCACAUUCCGGAACCCAGAUGAUGUCUUCAGGGAAUUUUUUGGUGGAAGGGACCCAUUUUCAUUUGACUUCUUUGAAGAUCCAUUUGAUGACUUUUUUGGAAACCGAAGGGGUCCCCGAGGAAGUAGAAGCCGAGGUGCUGGCUCCUUUUUCUCUGCCUUCAAUGGAUUUCCUUCUUUUGGAAGUGGAUUUCCUGCUUUUGAUACAGGCUUUACUCCAUUCGGGUCACUAGGUCAUGGGGGUCUCACUUCAUUUUCUUCAGCGUCAUUUGGCGGCGGUGGAAUGGGCAACUUCAAAUCAAUAUCAACUUCAACUAAAAUAGUUAAUGGCAAAAAAAUCACUACAAAGAGAAUUGUGGAGAACGGUCAGGAAAGAGUAGAAGUUGAAGAAGACGGACAGUUAAAGUCCCUGACGAUAAAUGGUGUGGCCGACGAGAACGCCCUUGCAGAAGAAUGCCGGCGGAGAGGCCAACCCACACCAGCUCUGACCCCUGGCCCGGCCCCAGCACCAGCCCGGGUCCCCUCUCAGGCCCGACCCCCGACCCCAGCUCCCACCCCAGCUCCAGCCCAGACUCCAGCCCCUUCUGUCAGCACCCGCCCACAGAAGCCACCCAGGCCUGCCCCAACGGCCAAACUUGUGUCUAAAAGCAACUGGGAAGAUGAAGAGCAGGACAGGCAGCGGGUUCCUGGCCACUCUGAUGCCCCUAUGACCUCAGCAGGGCUCAAAGAAGGUGGCAAGAGGAAGAAGCAGAAGCAGAAAGAGGACUCGAAGAAGAAGAAGUCGACCAAAGGGAACCACUAGGCUGGACUUGGCGGCAGCCACAGCAGCCGCUCUCGUGUGUGUGUUGCACACGCGCACGGCAGCGGCAUCCUUUAAGUGCCGCCCAGGGUCACUUCGCUUAGCAGGAUUAUGGACAUGUGCCCACGGAUCGGUAGGAUUAGGGGCGUUGGAGACGGAGGCAACAAUCCUGGGUGGCCUGUAUAAGCUUGUGACACAGCCUCAGCCUUGUAACUCUGCUUUUCCCCCAACACCAAAUCCAUAGCGUUUUCCUCGAGUCUUAAGGGUCUGCCUCAUUGUUUUCAGCAGCCCAAGCCCUGCUUUGAGCUCUGAGGUAGUUGUAGUUGUAGGAGUCCAUAGGGUCCAGUAGGAGCUGGGUUUGUGUUCAUGACAGACUGCCUCCUGGCGGCGGUACAGUGCGCAGUUUUAAGUACAGCGGAACUUAUGGUAAAGUAAGCUGUGCCUUGAGCCAUGAGAUGCUUUUGAUUCAGGGUACUCUGGCAACGUAUAGGCCAUCAGGAGCCAUUUCAGAUGUAGAGUCUUUCCUUAUUUAUUGUUCAACUUUUAAUCUUCUCCAGGUAGUCAAAAAUUGACACCAAAUAUAGUUUAGUUUUUGGAAAAUCUCAUCGUCUUGGAGAAAUAUUUGUCCUUGUUCAGUCAAAAGGUUUUGCUUAGCAAUAGCAUUUCUAGUAAUGCUAGGUCAGUGUGCUACUGGCUAUUUACACAAGCACACAAGCACACAGAGGUGUGUGCAAGAUAAUCAGCUCUGAAGCAGGAAGCUUGACCUCAGUUCUUUAAAUUGCAAAUAAUGGCCCCUUCACAAGCUUCAUCUGGUCACAACCCAUGCCACGCUGUCACCUAACCUGUGGCUUGCACUGAGCACCAGGUAGUUCAGAUGCCAUCUCAGUUCUGGGCUGCACAUGCCUCUUUGGGGCUGUGUUCCUUUCUUUUGGCCAUGAGGGUCUGUUGCUUGAACUUUGUCCCCUUGGCAGUGAGUAUUUUAUAAAGGGUGUUGGUGAGCUUGAGAUGUACAGUGUAGAAAGGGGAAGUUCUGUGAGUUAUGGGCACUGCUGUAGCUAGGAGCUGGGACAGGGUUACCUGGGUUUUGAAUAAGUAACCAUGAAGAGUUUGCUGUGUUUGCUUGAUUUUGGUGGGAGGUGGUGUGGGCACUUAUGGAGUGUGGAUUGGUAUUAAUGUGUGUUGUGGAAAUGUGACCCUCAAGGAGGAAUGUAUUUUAGUGCUACUGACGUAAAUAAAAUGUAAACGUCACUGAGUUCAGCUCUCUUGUGGUCAUUCCCUGUCUGUAAGUUGCACUGUUACUAUGAAAAAUAAAAGCAGGUCUUGCAUUUUUUUAAA